AUGGAAGUCAUUAGAAGGGAGAAGCAAGCAGGGAUACGGCCAGAAUUUGAUGCGGAUGCAUACAUGAAGGGAAUAUCAGUUGAGGGACUACGAAGUGCCCUUCAAACAGACUACGUUUUGAAGAUUCUAGGACUUGAUAUUUGUGCUGAUACAAUGGUUGGGGAUGCUACGAGAAUAGGUAUCUCAGGAGGUCAGAAGAAAAGGCUGACUACAGGGGAGAUGAUUGUGGGUUCAACAAAAGCAUUAUUCAUGGAUGAAAUAUCAAAUGGCCUAGACAGUUCCACCACUUCUCAGAUUGUAUCUUGUCUCCAGCAGUUGGCACAUAUUACUCAUGCUACAGUGUUGAUUUCGCUUCUUCAGCCAGCAACAGAAACCUUUGAUCUCUUUGAUGACGUCAUUUUGAUGGCUGAAGGAAAGAUUGUGUAUCAUGGCCCACGUUCUAGUAUUUGCACAUUUUUUGAAGACUGUGGAUUUAGGUGUCCUGACUUCCUUCAGGAGGUGAUCUCUAGGAAAGAUCAAGCGCAAUAUUGGUACUGCACAGAACAACCUUACAGUUAUAUUUCCAUUGACGAGUUUGCUAAGAAAUUCAAAGAAAGUGAAUUUGGUCGGAAGCUAGACGAGGAGCUCUCGAAGUCAUUUGCGAAGUCUAAAAGCCACAAGACUGCUUUAUCCUUCAGAAAGUACUCCACAACAAAAUGGGAGUUGCUUAAACUAGUGUUCAUUGCUUCGGUUACAAUGACUGUUUUACUGCGCUCAAGAAUGGCUCUUGAUGCAAUCCAUGCAAAUUAUUACAUGGGUGCUUUAUUCUACUCACUCAUUAUAUUACUAGUCGAUGGAAUUCCAGAAGUGCAGAUGACUGUCUCAAGGCUUGCAGUUUUCAAUAAACAAAGAGAGUUAUGCUUUUACCCUGCUUGGGCUUAUGCGAUCCCUGCUGCUAUCCUUAAAGUUCCACUUUCAUUCUUGGAAGCUUUUGUUUGGACAACUCUUACUUACUAUGUCGUUGGUUACAGCCCUGAGGUUUCAAGGCUAGCCCCAUUUAUUCAACAGAUCAAAUGUAAAGUAGCUAAGUUUUUCCGCCAGUUCCUUCUAUUCUUUUUGGUACAUCUAACAUCAAUAUCCAUGUAUCGUUUUGCUGCCUCAGUCUUCCAAACUGUGGUUGCUUCAAUACUAGCUGGCAGUCUCAUUGUAUUGAUUGUUUUACUAUUUGGUGGCUUUUUAAUCCAAAAAUCCUCUAUGCCUGUUCGGCUGCAAUGGGGAUUUUGGUUUUCUCCUUUGACAUAUGGGGAGAUCGGCUUGACUGUGAAUGAGUUUCUCGCCCCCAGAUGGGGAAAGGUUUUGUCUGCUAAUGCAACCGCUGGGCAACGAAUACUAGAAAGCCGUGGAUUAAACUUUCACGGUUAUUUUUAUUGGAUAUCAGUUGGUGCCCCAAUUGGAUUCACAGCACUUUUCAACACUGCUUUUAUUUUGGCUUUAACUUUCUUGGAAUGUAAAUCUCGUGCUAUUAUUUCUUAUGAAAAGUACUGUGGACUGCAAGGAAAGAAAUGUGGUGGUAACUGUGUUGACAAAAACAAGACAUUGACCACUGCUUGUCCUAAAUCUAGUACAGGACCUAAAAAAGGAGGGUUGGUUUUACCUUUUGAGCCCCUUACGUUGACAUUUAAAGAUGUGCAGUACCAUGUUGAUACUCCUUUGGAAAUGAGAAAGCGAGGUUUUUCGCAGAAGAUGCUCCAGCUUCUUUCUGACAUUACGGGUGCAUUCAGGCCCGGUAUUCUUACAGCACUCAUGGGUGCUAGUGGAGCAGGGAAAACAACUCUUCUGGACGUUCUCUCUGGAAGGAAAACUCUUGGUACUAUUGAAGGAGAGAUAAGAGUCAAUGGGUACCUGAAGGUUCAGGAUACAUUUGCUAGGAUAUCAGGCUAUUGUGAGCAAAAUGAAAUUCAUUCACCGCAAAUUACUAUAGAAGAAUCCUUAGUUUUUUCUGCUUGGUUGCGGCUUCCACCUGAGAUAUACUUGUUCUUUGAACUUUAA